GUCAAUGAUGUCGUUGGGGUCAGCCUACACGGCCUACUUGAUAUUCUAUGCGUUAGCAUCGUGUGUGUCAUUCGCAUGUCUAUCGACAGCCGACAGGAUAAAAUGGAAGUGGGAGUUCGACCAAGGGUCGUACGAUUUGCUUGAAUCGUUUGGCAGUCAACCGAGAAAACGUUAUCCAGAAAUGGUGGCAGUACAGUCUAAUGGGGUGUGUAAUUGCAAUACCAAACAUGAAAUAAGACAGCUGGAGGCCGAUCACUACCCCCCCGUGCUUCCGAUGGUCACAUGCCACGGCAACCAGUGGUGCCGGCCAAUAUUUUACCCAGUCCCAGUACUUGUCAAGAAAUAUGGCAAUGGAAUGUCGUAUGACGAUGGUCAAAAAGACAUGCUACCCAACUUCUUGAAAGAAAAAUGGCAGUUCAUCGAAAUCAACCUGACGGUGGCCUGCACUUGUCCGAGUUACUAACACCUUCAGCAUACGCCUACUGUUCUUUUUUUAAAAUUUAAAAUUUCUCAACUAUAUAAAUACAACUAAAAUUUACAAAGUGAUACACUUUUAAACGCUUCCGGCGUCUUUAACCCUUAUCAAUAAUUAUUGAAUUAAAAUAAAUCGUUAUGUACGCUCAUUUCCAUUAAAUAGA